AUGGAGGGAAAAGAAGACUCAGACGAUCAAAAGCAAGCACAACAAGCCGUUGAUCAUGGCAGCAGGAGCAAUUUCAACGAGGAACGGCAACCAUGGUUGAAUCUUACGCUUGGUGGGAUCACCUCAUCAGCUGCUGGAAGCUCUCCUAGCGCGCAGUGCAAAAUGCAAAGCCGCAAGAUGUUCUCGUGCAACUUCUGCAUGAAAAAGUUCUGCAGCUCACAGGCUUUGGGAGGUCACCAGAAUGCACACAAGAGAGAGAGGGGUGUCACGAGGAGACCUCAGCAGUCCCAGAAAACGACGAUAGGAUUUCCCCUCUAUGCAUCUGCUCAUAAAUCUCUGCCAGUUCAAUCCCACUCAGUCGCGCACGAGCAACAUGCGGAGGGAGGCUUGCCUACGAUCACAAGAUGUCGUCAAAUGAACUCUGACACCGAAGCGACAAGGGUUCCGUUUGCGCUUGAUCAAGUUAGAGGAUCGACAUGGCCUGGGAGCUUUCAGAAGAAUUCUCAGCCUACCGGUUGUCCAUCAGAACAAGAAAAACUUGAUCUGAGUCUCAAGCUUUGA